AUGCCGAACCUGACUAUGGAAGAGGUGGAACGCCAACUGUGGGCGACGAAGUCAUGGAAGGCGCCUGGAGAAGACGGACUACCGGCGAUGGUCUGGAAACAGGUCUGGCCAUCGGUGAAACACGACGUCCUCGACAUUUUCCAAGCAUCAUUAGAGGAAGGCGUGGUGCCGAAACAAUGGAGGCAUGCUCGAAUCAUCCCGCUCAAGAAACCAGGAAAAGACGACUACACGAUUGCAAAAGCCUGGAGACCGAUCUCGCUUCUUGCUACUUUGGGCAAAGUGCUGGAGUCGGUAGUUGCCGAGAGGAUCUCCCACGCGGUAGAGACUCACGGACUUCUUCCAACUAACCAUUUCGGUGCACGAAAACAGCGAUCAGCAGAGCAAGCGCUCAUACUCCUACAAGAACGUAUCUUUUCUGCAUGGCGCUCACGCCAUGUCCUGAGCCUAAUCAGCUUCGACGUGAAAGGUGCAUACAACGGCGUGUGCAAAGAGAGGUUACUGCAGCGGAUGAAGGCGAGAGGAAUUCCGGAUGGCCUCCUACACUGGAUAGAUGCUUUUUGCUCCGAGCGGACGGCAACUAUCAUGGUGAAUGGACAAAGCUCCGAGAGUAAACCUCUGCCACAAGCGGGACUGCCACAGGGAUCGCCCCUAUCGCCGAUGUUGUUUCUAUUCUUCAAUGCAGAUCUCGUGCAAACUCAAAUCGACAAGAAUGGCGGUGCUAUUGCAUUUGUCGAUGACUACACGGCGUGGGUGUCGGGACCGACAGCCCAGAGCAACCGGAGAGGGAUCCAAGCGAAAAGACGGCCAUCAUACAUUUCACCAGAUACACAGGCAGGAUAG